UCAAACACUGACACAAAGACAGAUCAGUAACCAAAAAAAUGUAAACGCAAUAUUCCCCAAUUCACAAAAAAAACGGCUUUCAAAUAGACUUAUUUUCUCUUUACAGUCAAACUUAGAUUCAUCAUUUAAAUAAAAAGUCUGACAGGACCGGUAUCAGAAUGAAUUAUAGCAGGGAGGACGGAAGACGAGCACGGAGACCUAUUCUUCAUAGUUCUGAUGAUGUUGAACAAAUGGCAAUAGAAAGUUCACGCGCAAGGUUCAUGAUGCACUUGCUUAGAAAACCAGAUGAAUCGUCAAGUGAAAUUGGUCCUUAUCUCCGAGGUAAAAGUAAUGAGAGUGCUCGAGCUCCUGUUCGGAAACAAAAUUUUCUCACGUAUCCGACGAUCGUCCAAGGUCUUCACUGGAGUCCGUCUAUUGAAAAUUAUUCAGGAGAUUCACAAACUGAAACCGCUGAAAGUCUACUUAAUUGUGACUGCUAUAAAUGCCAAAUGAAUAGAAGACACGCUUGGGAACACCAAACGAUGAAUUUAAACAAUUACAGUUUCAAGGAAAACAUUGUAAGGUUUUGUGACACCAGUACCAUGACGCGAAAUUUAAAGGACUCGGGUUGUGGUGUGCGCACACCUUUAUCUUCGACGAUCAAUACAUCAGACGUUUCUAUAUCAACUUCCGACGCUACAGAUGUGUUAAAAAUACUAAGUCCACAAGCGUAUACACCAGCGCCGAUAUUAAAGAAAACAGAACUUGGCAAAGAAAUUAAUCAUCGGGUAUCGAUUAACGUAGAAGAUACUGCAAGACGUAAGCGAAGUGACUACGAAGAUCUUUUAAAAACUCUCACAAAAGAACCAGUGACCAUCAUCCCUUUUAAUAAUAAUAGUAAAAGCGAACUCCAAAACUCGAGAAAAGUUUUGUAUAACGAAGGCAUCAGUAAUUUAAUAGCCAAUAAAACGUUGCCAAAUUUUCCAUUUCAUGCAACACAAAUAAAGUCACAGAUGAAACUAGAAAGUAGUAAUCGGCCUAACGUAUCCAUUAAACGUUUUGGCGGUAAGAAUACCGUUAUACCCUACACCCAUCGAACAAAUUCGAAAUACCAUUACGACUGCAAGGAGACGAAUCAUUUAUACAAAGGCAACAUCGAAGAAGAUUUAAUUAGUUCACCCAUCAGUCCACUGAAGAAGUCAAUGAAAAGUGAUCGUACACAUUUUAUUAAGUUACCAAGAAGAGUUUUGACUUCGGUAUGAAAUCUUGUGACGUCAGUUUGAAUCGUCCU